GGAAGUGCUGGAACAGGCAGAGAUCCUUGACCAUUCCAGAGUGAGAGAGAAAGAGAAAAAUCGGUACCUCCCCGAAGCAGCUUUCCAUGCAAUCCAUCUGAAGGGGACGGAGAGCCCAGCCCAGUCAGUCUGGGGGGCGGGGAACCAGUGACCGUGACCCCAACUUUGGAUUUACCACCUGGGGGGUGGGGGGAUCCUGGAUCUUGGCGAUUAUUUUGGGGUACUCCGGACGCCAUGUUGUGGAAAUUAGCCGACAAUGUCAAGUACGAAGAGGACUGCGAGGAUAGGCACGAUGGGAACAGUAAUGGGAACCCCCGCCUCCCCCACCUCCCAGCAGUCAGCCAGCACCUCUACAGUCCCGCAGCCCCACCGCUUUCACAUUCAGGGGCAUCCGACUUCCAGCCGCCUUACUUCCCACCGCCCUACCAACCCUUACCCUAUUCUCAGUCUGCUGACCCGUACUCCCACCUGGGAGACCCGUUUUCCAUCAACCCCCUGCACCAGCCUGCGCCGGCCGCCAGCCAGCAACAGGCCUGGUCCAGCCGGCAAAACCAGGAGCCAGCUGGCUUGAGCCACCACACGAGGCCUGGCCUUGUCCCCCACCUCCCGGGGCUGGACGCCGGUGGCCCAGGGACAAGGAGGGAGACCUACAGACGUUCUGAGCUGCUCCUGCAGCCCCAUAGCCACGGGCUAGAUGCAGCUCUGGUGGAAAACCUGGGCUUACACGACAUGGCCCAUCAAAUGGAAGAUGUCCAGAAUGUGGAAGACCAACAUUUGCUGUUGCAUGAUCAGACAGUCAUCAGGAAAGGUCCUAUUUCAAUGACCAAAAGCAACUCUUUGGGUCUCCCCUGUCAGAAGGAUGGGAUGCUAGGAGCAGUGGUUAAUCAUAAUGAAGUAUUUUGCUCUGUUCCUGGAAGACUUUCUCUUCUCAGCUCCACGUCCAAAUAUAAAGUAACUGUAGCUGAGGUCCAGCGAAGACUUUCCUCUCCUGAAUGCUUAAAUGCCUCCCUAUUGGGUGGUGUGCUGAGAAGAGCCAAAUCCAAGAAUGGGGGGCGAUCUUUGCGAGAAAAGUUGGAUAAAAUCGGUUUAAAUCUUCCAGCUGGAAGAAGAAAAGCUGCUAAUGUGACAUUAUUAACUUCCUUGGUAGAAGGUGAAGCUGUGCAUCUGGCCCGAGAUUUUGGUUAUGUCUGUGAAACGGAGUUUCCUUCUAAAGCAGUAGCUGACUAUUUAACCAGACCACAUUUAGGACGGAAUGAAAUUGGUACCAGAAAGAACAUGCUGCUUGCUGCUAAACAAAUCUGUAAGGAAUUCACAGAUCUUCUCACUCAGGACCGGACUCCUCUUGGAAAUGCUAGACCCAGCCCAGUUCUGGAUCCUGCCAUUCAAGGCUGCCUGACUCACUUCAGUCUAAUAACGCAUGGCUUUGGGAGUGCGGCCAUAUGUGCAGCCAUGACAUCUGUCCAGAACUACCUAAAUGAGGCAUUAAAAAUAGCAGACAAAACCUACAUGAACACUGGCGACCAAAGCCCCACUGAGUCCAACAAAACUAUGGAGAAAAUGGAUAAGCACCGUAAAUAAAAAGGGGGGGGGAGGGGGAAAGUACAGUCUGGGGAAAAGUUCAAAAGGACAGAAACUAUUCUCCAAAAUACAGACUAUGGGAUCGUCUUCUUGCCUAGGGGACAAUGUAGAAAAAUUGGUUACUUUUAUUAAACAUCAUCUUAUUCAGGAUCUUCAUGAUUUACACACCCUUCCAUUCUGGAGUCUUGUGUUUCUAAAGCUGCAAUAUCUCCAAACUUUGUGGACAAGUUUAUCAGAAGACUACAAACUUGAGUACUUGUUGGGUAUUUGUUCCUCAAACCUGUUAUCCCUUUUCCCCCUUCCCCUUGCUCUAAAAGUGGUGCUAAAAAUAUUUUUGAACCUCUAAAAUUCCCAGUGCUAGUAGCCAAGGUUGUAGAAUAUUUUGGAUGCUAUUAAUUAAGAAUUAUUCCUUUUUAAGUCAAAUUUUCAUGGAUUUUUCCAUGCCAACAGUAAACCAUUUUUUGCAGUAUUAGACUAUGGUGUUCAGAUCUAUCUUCAUUCCAUGUUUAUGUAAACGGUUAUCUAGCUUUUUAGAUCAUACAAGUCUUUCACCCUAUGAAGGAAAAAAAAAUCUGUUUGACCUUAUUACUGGAUGGCAUUUGACACACUUCCAAAGGAGAUAAUUCAGGUUUUACAAAACUUUAGUCAGUCUAUUGUAGGUGUUUUUUGUGUUAUAAAGAAUUUUAAAUUAGUGCUAAAAACUCAAAUGUCUUGAAAAACAUUUUUGUCUCAAGGUGUAUCAAGCUUUAUCUGCAUAUUUAUAUUGGGUCUGUUUUAAAAAAAAACAAACAAAAAACUUGAAAAUACUAGGCACAUAACAUUUUAUUAACUUUUUUCUUUCUCUUUUAUUUCUUUUCUUUUUUUUUUUUGGCCUUAAUAGGCCAAAAAAAAAAUGGUUACCAGGGAGGCGCUCUGUGUAUUAAGAGAAAGAGUAUGUUGAAUGUACAUAUUUAUUUAUGUGUAAUUUAAUGGGAUGUGUAAAUACUGGUAAACUUAAUUUUUUUAAUGGGGUUCAAAUUUAAUUUUGGUAACUUUUAAAAGGGAAUGGGGUGAGCUAAACACGUCUUUUAGGUUUAAGCACAAGUACAUAUGCUAUACAGGGUAUUUAAAAUGUUUGGGCUUUUGGAGAGGCAAUUCCAGUUUUCAGUUCUUGAAACUGAAGUUAUCUAAUCAAAGCUCUGUUUGUUCACAAGGCAAUAAUUGUAAUAUCUCCUGGUGACUUGCUCCUGCAAAAAUGAGUGAGGGUUCAGUGUGUGCAAGUGACAGGUUUUAAAUAACCACCUAUUUGUAAAUGUUCCCAAUAUAAUUCUGUUGUAUAUGAUAACUAUAAUAAUAAAAGUAUUCUCAAUAGAAGCAAA